UUGAUUUUUGUUGCUUGAUGUGUGUACCAUGUCUAGGCACUUACAGUCUGACCCAGAUGCACCUUCCUUCUUUGGUGACUGGCGCAUUGUUGAAGAACAUGAAUUCAUGAGCCCAACUUCAGCUGUUUUACGUGCAGAAUCUGACUAUUCUCAGGCUCUGGCUCCUAGUGACGAAAGUGGCACAAUCCAGAAGGAGUUGCGUGAGAUUAGCUCUACUUUUACAUCGCCUAAGGAUGAAAUUACCGGCCGAUUGGCUGAGAUAAAUCGUGAGACGUCAGAGCAGCUGGACAAGGCGCGCCAAAAAUUCCUUGCAAUCGAGUCUACAUGGAAGAAGAACAAUUUACAACGGUAUUUGGACAGUGAUCAUUCACUCGGCUUGAAACAAUUGAGUCAUGUUGACCAUAAGUUGGCUCAGGCUGUACGUGAAGUUGUUGAGAUGAAGCGUGACGCUGAGAUCGCAUUAAUGGAGUUGACAAAAUCCGUCGCUAGUGUUGAUUCUUUGAUUAGUAAGACCAAUCGCCUAAAACGUAGUACAUGUACAUUUCGACAGCAGGCUAAUUAUGAAAAGAAGAAUAGUUCUAUGUCGUUAAAAAUGCAAGUUUUCAUUGCAGCCAUCGCAACAUUCGCUGUCUAUGCUUUACUAAAAUACGUUGGAUGGUGACAUCGUCAAUAAUAUUAAUAUUUGAAAUACCUGUUUUCUAAUGCGGGUUGGAACAAUGAAGUAA